UCUUCUGUAGGUCUACCGUCACCAUCCGCAUUGACCGGCUCCGGAGCGAUCCACCCAACGCGCUUUCGCCAUCCUCCCGUCCCCGUCUCCGCCAUCGACACGCAAACUCAAGAACGCCGCGCUAACAUCCCCGUGUACAGGUGACUACUGCGAUGUGUACCUGACGCAUGACUCCAUGAGCGUGCGCAAGGCGCACAACUCCGGCCGCAACCAUCUGCGCAACGUCGUCGAGUACUAUCAGCAAAUCGGUCAAGAGAAAGCACAAUCGGUCAUCGACUCGAUCACCUCGUCCUACGCCGCCGAAGGCCAGGCCGUCCCGAACCCGGCCAUGGCUCCCCCGGGAGCGUAUCCCCCGCCGUUCGGUUUCCCUGGCCGACCCGGCCAAAUGCCUCCCCCGCCUCCGUUCGGAAUCCCCCCGCCCGGCGCCCCAGGCGGUCUCCCCGGCAUGCCACCUCUCCCCGGCGGCCGAGGCAUGCCCUUCCCCCCUCCCCCAUUCCCUCCCACCUCCGGCGCGCCAGGCGGCUUCCCGCCUCCGCAUCUCCCAAACAUGCCCCCAGGCCAAGGAUUCCCGCCCCCGCCACCAGGCGCCAUGCCUCCCAAUUUCCAGACGCCGCCCCCGGGAGCCCCAGGCUUUCCCCCGAUCCCUCCCCCAGGCCACGGCUUCAGCCCCAGUCCGGGACCCGGCAAUUUCCCGCCCCCUGGCUCCGAAGGCUUCCCUCCUCCGCCGGGUGCUGGCGGGUUCUCGGGGCCGCCGCCGGGGAUGGGUGAUCACCGGUGAUAUCUUCACAGUUGGUCGGUUUUUAGGGUUCGGUUUUUCUUUUUAAGUAUGGAUGUGCGUCCGCUAGACUUGCAUUGGUGCAGUUGUUCUUUUUUUCUUUUCUUAUGUUGUGUACUGUUAUGUUUUCUCAAUAGCGUGGUCGUGUAAUCGAUAUCUAUGGAUUGACAUAUUUUAUAAAAA